AUGGGACAGCGAGUGACAAAAGUGAGACCGAUAACGAUUGGAGAGGUGUACGAACAACAUCUAAGUACACCCCCAAAACCCAGCACCAACAGGGCGGUUCAACAUCCUCAUCCCUGUGAUGAGACCCCUGUUGACUACAUCUUCAGCCGCUAUUCCGUGGGCGAUCAGUUGGGAAAAGGAGGAUUUGGUGUAGUGUACGAAGGGAGACGGCUGGAGGAUGGUCUUAAAGUGGCUUUGAAAUACACCACGAAGACCGAGAACAUGGAAUGUAUACUCAUUCCCGAUCAUCCAGCUCCCCUUCCCAAAGAGAUCGCCCUUACCAUCCUUGCUAAUAAAGGUCACCACGUGCCGCAAAUCAUCAGGCUGCUGGACUGGAUGGACCACCCUGACCACUUUGUCAUGGUCCUCGAAUGUCCCUCUCCCUGUGAAAACCUGGUAGAGUUCAUCAGGCGUCACGGUGGAAGCCUCGACGAAGACACCACGAGGCAGAUCAUGUGGCAGGUGGCUCACGCGGCAAACGUGUGCUGCCUCCGCGGAGUGCUCCACCGUGACGUCAAACUGGACAACCUACUAAUAAACAGGGAGACAUCCGAAGUCAAGCUGAUUGACUUCGGAUGUGGGGACAUUCUGAGGAGGUCACCAUACAGGUCCUACCAUGGCACACCAGCGUACUCCCCUCCAGAGUACCACAGCAGGGGAAAGUACUAUGGCGGGCCAGCGACGGUCUGGUCACUAGGGAUUGUAAUGUUCGCACUGUUGUGCGGACAUUUCCCUAGUGACUUUGACCUCUUCCUGCUGGAGUACAAGCGCUUUAGCAAACCCGGCAUGUCAAAAGAAUGCUGUCACCUCCUCAGGGCUCUCCUCCACGAGAAGCCAAGUCGGCGACUUGGCCUGGGGCAAAUUAUGUCCCACAACUGGUUUAAGGUAGUGAACCUGAGAUCAGCUAAGAGGAAUUAA